UGUUAUAAAUGAGUCUGGUGGGAAAAAAAGGAAAAAAGUUUGAUUCUAACGGUCAGUGUGCACGGAAGCUUCUCGCUCGGCGACCUAUUGUCAAUCAACAUGAACCGAAUUGUUUUCCAGCUCGUCGCCGUGGGAGUCCUUUUCGCAGUCGGCCAGGCUCUGCAGUGCUACGAAUGUAAAAUUGGCUUCUGGAACCUGUGCAUCACGAAGACGGUGACGUGCGCAGAAGGAGAGCGUUGCUUCAGCGGCAAAGGCAAAGCAGCUGGCUUCGUGGACGUCUCCAUGAAGGGUUGCCUGAAGUUGAACAAGUGCAAUUCCACCGAGGACGUGAAUUUCCCCUCCAGCAGCAACACCACCAUCUACAAAAUGACCAAGACUUGCUGCCUCGGCAACCUGUGCAACGCCGCGCCGGGCGUCUCCAGCUCGGCGCUGGUCCUCUCCACCGUCGCCGCUUUGCUUAUGGCACACAUGUUGGUGUAACCCAAUGUCACAUUAUCCUCUUUAGCGUCUCUUUAAAAGCGGGGUCAGUUUUAUAUUGAUAACACCUAGCUAUAGCACUAAAUCAUUUCAUGUAUAGAUGUGUAAGUGUAAACGUCAAUAGAAAAAGAACCCGCUUGAGGUUGUAAACAUUUCUUUAAGUUUUGUUUUCGGGUAUUGCUUCAACUUUAUUUUUUAAUGUCUGAAGCUCUGCAAGUUUCUCCUAUAACUGUCAGUUAUAAGUUUUUUUUGUUCUUUAUUUGGCGUGAAUAAGCUUGAUGUUGUAUUUGCAAUAGUAAGAAUGACAAAUAUCAUUUUGAACAGGCAUUGCCAGGCGAUCGAACACAUUUCAAAUUCGUUUUCUACCAUAUGUGUGACUCUGAAACGGUUUAUGUAAGGCUGCCAUUAACGGGAGACAAUAAAGUUUUUGAAUCUGGGAAGAAAGUGCUUUCUUGGGUGCAGCAAUUGUCAUGGAUGUGAUGCAGUUUCGUUAGGGCCCACUCAGAGGUUGCGCUAGACUUUUUCGUUGUCUGUCAUUUUGACUGACAGGGUCAUAAAAAUCCCGUCAUAAUCUAUUUUUACCCGUCACUUAAAUUUUUAAAAUGAUGAUAAUGACAUUGUUGUGACCCUUUGUUUGGCAUAAUUCACCUUCCGUACUUGUGUGUCCAUUUGGCCGAGCGCGUUACCGGCUACGACACAAGUCACGUGACAGAGACACUUAAGAGCCGCGUCCGUUCCGGCUUGAAUAGAGUUCACAGAGAGCAGCAGAGCCACAGCGGCUGGACACAGCAAUUCUAGCUAACAAGACUCUUAACAUUUCAUACCGCUUCAACAUAUUCAAUAGUAUUUAGUUUUCAGCAGUGUUGGGAGUAACGCCGUUACGUAACGGCGUUAUUUUUUCAGUAACUGGGUAAUCUAAUUUUUCCGCCGUUGCAACGCCGUAACCGUUACUGACGGUCAAAAGCGGUGCGUUACUUACUCUGAAUAAAUUGAAGAAACGACCAGCCGUGUCGAGUCGACUCUCUGCUCUGUUGAUUUGUCAUUCAAGAUUUGGGGUGCGUUCAGGUUCGAGAAUAGUGCACGUACUUCUGACUCCAAGCUGUUUGUCCCUGCUCAUUCAAUUAGACAAUGCUUUAUAAAGUUUAGUAACGUUUCUCUGUUUGCUGCACCUGAUGCUAGCCUCGUUCCCAUCUCCCACUGUCAGCCAGCAAUAAUUCUGCUUCCAUCUUGAGGACGGCAGACGCUUUGAAGGUGACGUGAAUUGUCGGGAAACGAGCCUACCUAAAUGCAGCCCCUCGAGAGAUGCGAUGAAAGUGAUUGUGAUUGGCUGAGGGUUAGUCAUGUGUCGUUGUAAGCCAAUCAGAGCCGGUGAUUUCACAAGCAAACCGGAACAGCGCGUGCGGCAAACACACACACGCAAAACAGAUGCACAGGGUCGGGAUGGCAGAGCAUUCAGAAGAAAAAUUGUCCUUUUAAGAGGUGGAGAUAUAGACACUAUUUCAAGUUUGUCGAAAUUAAAAGAACC